GCGCCGGGCCCUCCCCGCCGGCGCGGCCGUCAUCGCCCGGAGCGGGUGCGCGGCGGGAGCGCGGGGGAGGCGGCCGCCGCCAGCGCCGCGGCGCAGGAGCUAGAGGAGGAGAAAGGGUGCGCAGCCCGGAGGCGGGGUGCGCCGGUGGGGUGCAGCGGAAGAGGGGGUCCAGGGGGGAGAACUUCGUAGGAGUCAUCCUUUUUAGGAAGAGGGAAAAAAUAAAGCCCUCCCCCACCACCUCCUUCUCCCCACCCCUCGCCGCACCACACACAGCGCGGGCUUCUCGCGCUCGGCACCGGCGGGCCGGGCGCGUCCUGCCUUCAUUUAUCAAGCAGCUUUUCGGAAAAUGCAUUUGCUGUUCGGAGUUUAAUCGGAAGAGGAUUCCCGCCCCCGUGCCCGGCUCGGCCACCGGCUCCCCGUCCCUGUCUGUCUCCGGUGGAGGCGUGAAACGGUCCCGCGGAUAGAGAUCCAUGUCUGUGCCCGCGCGUGUGUGUGCGCGUGUAAAUGGCCGAGAGGGGGAAAAUCACAGGACUUCUGCAAAUACUGGACUGAAAAUUGUAAUUCAUCUGCUGCCGCCGCUGCCUUUUUUUUCUCGUGCUCUUGAGAUCUCCGGUUCGGAUUCCUACGGAUUGACAUUUCUGUGACGGAGAAGUCUGGGAAUCAAUCUGGAAAUUCUCCUAAUUUUUACCGCUCCCCCCACGCCCUCCUCAACUCCUGAUUCAUUUGGAAGUUUCAAAGCAGCUAUAACCGGAGAGUUCUAAGGAUUGGUGGAAUCUUUGCCUUAUGCAUUUGUUUUGUUUUCACAAAAAAGGAAACUUGACAGAGGAUCAUGCUGUCCUUAAAGAAUACAACAUCACAGAGGAAGUAGACUGAUAUUAACAAUAAUUAAUAAUAAUGUGCCUCAUGAAAUAAAGAUCCGAAAGGAAUUUAAAUAAAAAUUUCCUGCAUCUCAUGCCAAGAGGGAAACACCAGAAUCAAGUGUUCCGCGUGACUGAAGACACCCUCUCAUCCAAGAAUGCAAAGCACAUCCAAUAAAAUAGCUGGAUUAUAACUAUUCUUUCUUUCGGGGCUGUGGGGCGGGAGCAGGGGCGAGAGGUGCUGUUGGUACCCGGCUGAUUUUCCUCGGGGGCAAGGAUGGCGCACGCUGGGAGAACAGGGUAUGAUAACCGGGAGAUAGUGAUGAAGUACAUCCACUAUAAGCUGUCGCAGAGGGGCUACGAGUGGGAUGCCGGAGACGCGGGCGCCGCGCCCCUGGGGGCCACCCCCGUGCCGGGCAUCUUCUCCUCCCAGCCCGGGCGCACCCCCGCGCCCGCCAGGACCUCCCCGCUGCUACCCCCGGCCGCCCCCGCCGGCGCCGCGGGACCUGCCCUCAGCCCUGUGCCACCUGUGGUCCACCUGACCCUGCGCCAGGCCGGCGAUGACUUCUCCCGUCGCUACCGCCGCGACUUUGCCGAGAUGUCCAGCCAGCUGCACCUGACGCCUUUCACCGCGAGGGGACGCUUUGCCACGGUAGUGGAGGAGCUCUUCAGGGAUGGGGUGAACUGGGGGAGGAUUGUGGCCUUCUUUGAGUUCGGUGGGGUCAUGUGUGUGGAGAGCGUCAACCGGGAGAUGUCGCCCCUGGUGGACAACAUCGCCCUGUGGAUGACUGAAUACCUGAACCGGCACCUGCACACCUGGAUCCAGGAUAACGGAGGCUGGGACGCCUUUGUGGAACUGUACGGCCCCAGCAUGCGGCCGCUGUUUGAUUUCUCCUGGCUGUCUCUGAAGGCGCUGCUCAGUCUGGCCCUGGUGGGAGCUUGCAUCACCCUGGGUGCCUAUCUGGGCCACAAGUGAAGUCAACAGGCCUGCCACAAACAAAUAUGCAAAAGGUUCACUAAAGCAGUAGAAAUAUAUGCAUUGCCAGUGAUGUACCAUGAAACGAAGCUGUGGUCUCUUUAAAACAAAAAAAACGAAAACAGCUUUCAGGCUCAACGUCGAAUCAGCUCUUUACUGCCAAAGGGAAAUACCAUUUAUUUUUUACAUUAUUAAGAAAAGAAAGAUUUAUUUAUUUAAGACAGUCCCAUCCAACCUCCUGUCUUUGGAAAGCCUACCACUAAUUGCCAGGCCCCACCUGAGCGGCUCCACCUGGAUCUCCUGUGCCUAUAAACACGGAUUUGUUUUCCAUGUUGUUGGCUGGACUGACUCACCAUCUGAAGAGCGAACAAACUGACAAAGGACUUGACUGUUUCAGAAGCCAGGUUUCUGGCUGCUGGAGGUUAGGAAGAAGGUGUUCAUUUUCUCUGCGUUUAUUUGCCCUGGGGGCUGGGACGUUAAAAGAGAGAAGGUGCUUGGAGGGAAGUCCAUCUUCCCUGACCUGAGGAGCAGACACUUUGCAUAUGGCUCGCAUGGUACAUACCUGAUUGGAAGAAGAAAAUCGGGAACUUCAGAUGGACUUGGUAUCUGCCAAGAGUUCCACACCGAAGGACAUGAUGGGGAAAAUGCCGUUAAACCAUAGGAAAGUAUUUUUUUAAGCUACCAAUUGUGCCGAGAAGCAAUUUUAGCAAUUUAUACAAUACCAUCCAGUACCUUAAGCCCUGAUGUGUAUAUUCAUAUAUUUUGGAUACGCUCCCCCUCCAAAUACUGGCUCUGUCUGUGUAUGAAACAGAAUUCUCUGGAAUGCGAGGAAGUGAACAUUUCGGUGACUUUCUUCCGCACCAAGAAGGCUAGAGUUACCCAGAAGCAUCAGGCCGCCACAAGUGCCUGCAUCUCCGCAAGAGGCCGCAGUCUGACGUCCUGCCUUGCUCCAGCUUGGAGGCCUCAUCCUGGAACUGAGGCUGGGCACUCGCUGGCCUGUUCCGCGUGUUUUCAACAGCGCAGCGUGGUCUCCGAAUGUCUGGAAGCUGACAGAGCUCAGAAUUCCACUGUCCAGAAGGAGCAGCAGCAGGCUGGGCCUGUGACCCUGGGGGCCUCCCGUUAGGCCCGUUUCCAUGUAGACGUGGAACCUGGGAGCCAAGGUUCUUAAGACGGUUAUAUCACGGUGGCGGGAAGGAAACAGAGGCGCUGCACCUUUCCCUGCAGAGGGAGGUGGUGAAGUCUGGGAAGGCCACCACCGAAAGGGCACGUGAGCAGAGGUGACACAUGCGGCCUGUGUGCCAUGUGGCUGCGGCGCAUGCGUGUUGGCUGUGCGGCCGCCCACCUGUCUGUGCAGUUUAAAGCAAGGCUUUAAAUUAAAGACUUGGGAGAGGGUCAUAAAUCCUAAAGGAAGCGUUGAAAUAGGGUGUCAUGGAUUAAUUCACCUAUGGCUGUGGAAUUACGAUGUAAAACAUUAUCUUGUCAUUGUAGUUUGGUUUUAUUUGAAAACCUGACAAAAAAAAAGUUCCAGGUGUGGAAUGUGGAGGUUAUCUGUAUAUCCUGGGGCAGUGAAAAAGAAAAAAAAAAAAUCAGUGAUGGAAAACUCUAGACAAGUAGCAAAAGAAGUGGCAUCUCCAGCUCAUAAACUAGAAAAUAUUUUUUCAAGUUUAGAAUCAGCCUUGAGAUAUACGUGGAAUAACUGUGGCAUUAUCGCAUUAUAUACCAUUUAUCUGUAUUAACUUUGGAAUGUACUAUGUUCAAUGUUUAAUGCUGUGGUUGAUAUUUCGAAAGCUGCUUUUAAAAAAAAAUACAUGCAUCUCAGCAUUUUUUUUUUAAAUCGUAUUUAGUUAUGGCCUCUACACUAUUUGUUAGCAAAAAUGAUCGUUUUUCCAUUUGAGAUAUUUUUGUCUCUUAAUUCUUUAAAAGCAUUUAUGAAAAGGUGAGAUAAGCCCUGGGUCUCAGCUACCUGAGAAACCCUGGCACGUGCUGGCUGUGGAGGCGCGUUGCUUCAACCAAGUGAUGUGCACUUCCAUGUCUACACAAUUGUUUAUUGUGAGGGAUGUAUCUGUUGUCCCUUUGACCUUGUUCCUGGAAGGUUUACUUGUCCCUGGGCAAAUCAGAAUUUAACUCACAUUAUUUAAGAUUACAUACAUGUUUGGUUAAACCCAUGAGGUUCAUUCGGUUCAAAAUCUACAUGGGAAAUGACCAGGGGAUUAAAUUCUGGCUGUGAUGGUUUGACCUUUAGAGAGUUGCUUUACGUGGCCUAUUUCCACAUAGACCCAUCUAGGGCCCUCCUGGCCUCUUUCCACAGGGCCCUUUUCCGUGGUUAUCCUUCAGGUUCUUCCUGAAAUGCAGAGGCACUGACGCCCCACACCGAGAAAGCAGGAAAUCCAUGGUAUGAAGCCAGACCUCCCUGGCAGGCCUCAGGGAACAGGACGAUCAGACCUUUGAAUGAUUCUAAUUUUUAAGCAAAAUAUUAUUUUAUGAAAGGUUUACAUUGUCAAAAGUGAUGAAUAUGGAAUAUCAAAUCCUGUGCUGCUAUCCUGCCAAGAUCAUCUUAAUGGAGUCAGUUUGCAGUACACUCCAAGUGGCGAGACCCUCCAAGCUGCUUUAGAAGUACCAGUGAAGAACAUGGACGUUUUUAAUAUAAAGCCUAUUUGUCUUUUGUUGUUGUUCUUAUUGUUCAAACUGGGAUUUGCAGAGUAUUCUUAAAAAUGUGUAUAUAAAAAAGGUCAUGGGGGCUGACUUCUGGCUGGUUUCCUUUGGCUGUAGGAUUUUGUUAUCUGGUUUUAAUGGUAAAUGUACCCAGCCGCCUGACCCCAGAACUGUACAGUAUUGUGGCUGCACUUGCUCUAAGAGUAGUGGAUAUUGCAUUUUUUCUUGUUGUUAAAAACAUGUUAGAAGUAAUGAUGUAUAUAAAAGCCUCAACUAGU